CUAUUGUAAAGCUGUUUUGUGUCGUUUUCACACACGUGAAUUUUAACAAUAGUCUAAAAUGUUUCUUUCAGUGUGGGAUUCCUGUGAAAUAAUUUUCUCGCUCUAGUGUAGGAUUAGGAUUAAACUGGAUACAUGUACUUUCGACGUUGAAGUAGAUUAAUGGUGGUGUAGAUUCUAACUUUCUCAGAGAAUCGAGACUAAAGGAUUUUUCUUGAAACAGUAAAUGACUGAACUGAAAAUGUUCUUUUACUGUUUUCUAGGGCUGAAAAUAAUGAUAAUGGCCUAUAAAAUUUCUGGAAAUAGUGAAAAAUGCCCAUCACAAUUAAUCUAGGCUAAGGUGCCUGACCCACAGUCCAAAACCUAAAAAGUAUUCACUUGAUAUCAAACAGAGAAAAGCCUGUCAAUGAUAAAUCAACUAAUCGGUUCCCAAACUAAUCAAUCAAUCGACUAAUCCGAGUCACCAUCUCACAUGGAGGAUCUCAAGAAAGACAAGCACCGUUUAUUGAUGUCAUACCGUAUCUUUGAGAAACGCAGAGAUAUAUACUGCUGUGUCAGUGUGGACAGUGAUAGAUGGCCUCAGAGACGGCCAUCUUGAGACACAAAGAGCAGGAGGUGACAAGUCAUCUCCAGGGUCGCUGUACGUCUUCCUGUGAAGAUGACCUCUGCUCUAAUGGAGACAUGCUUCAUCCUCAGUGGAACCCAUUGGGUGCUCUCUGUGACUCCCAGUGCAGGUUCCUUUUUAAAGUGCACGUCCCAUUAUCACAAAGCAAAUAAUACACCUUGGGUAUGAAGCAAUAUGAAACUGGGAACGUCUUAUUGACAAGAGGACCAGCUGAACCCUUUGCAGUAAGGCAGCAUGGUGUUUUUAAGGGAAGUGAUUGUGUAGUUUUUCUUUUGUUUUACAUUCUUGCACCACAUCAUUUGAUUUCCAAAUAAAUGGAGCACAGCCUGGUUUCUCCUGUGCUCCCCUCUCUAUGCGACAGGAUCCAUGACCCAUAUCCAUUACAUGACGAGGUAUCACUUGUACAAAGUAAAGACAAAGAGAGAAAGAAGGCUUGCGUCACCUCAGCCCGUGAGCACGUAUGUUGAAAGGCGUGAACACACAUAUUUCUAGAGGUUCUUGUAUGUUUGCAUGCAAUCAGUGGUCCAGAGUACUUUACCUGUAGGAGUGCAACAUCAGCAAUCACACACACACACACCCUCCCCCAACACAUACCCAAACAUUCACGUACACACACACACACACACACAUCCACAGGCAGGAGGGAUACUUUCCAUUCACUCUGCCUAGUUACACCAAUUCCCCACUGCAUUACUCACACCGGUGCAGUCAGACCUCAGACACAUCCCCGCUCAUGCACACAAAUAUGUGUCCUCUCUCAAACACUCACACACACACACACGCACACAGACAUUAUUCUGGCGGUGUGCUGCUCGAGAGGUAGGGCUCUGGUUUCAUUCAGGCUUCAGGCAGCUGCGAGGUUAGAGUCUCGUGUUUGCGUGCAGUGGCUACUCGGCGCUUGACAACAAAGAUAUCAGCUCGGAAAAUCAAAAUUAAGACAUGAAGAUAAAUUGUUGACUCUGGAUCAUCGUUUCAUUUUCACAUUUUGAUUGGAUUUUUAAGCUUUGGACAUGCAGACAUAGAUGUAUGACCAGACACGGUUUUAAGGAUAUAAAAGGGCGCUGAUCAUUUCCAGAGAAGUUUGGACUGAUCUUCUUCAGCCAAUGGCUACAACAGAAACCAAAGUCGCAGGCAGCGUUAGCACCGCGGGUCUUUCAUGGGCACGGGUGUGUAAGGAGUGUGGCCAGCAGCAUGAGGGCUUGGACUGCCACCUGUAUGAGUACCAGGAUGAGGUGGACGAUGAACUGGUUUGCCACAUCUGCCUGCAGCCCCUCCUCAGACCUAUGGACACCCCUUGUGGCCACACAUAUUGCUUUCAUUGUCUGAGCAACUUUUUGAAAGAGCAGGACUUCUGCCCCGUGGACCGCCUGCGGCUGCAGUUGCAUCAAUGCCGUCCCUCCAGCCUGCUGGUCAGGAACCUGCUGGACAAGCUGACUGUGAUGUGUCCCCACUCUACAGAGUGUCAGCAGCAGAUGCAGCGCUGUGAGCUGCAGCCUCACCUACACAACAGAUGUCCUGUUUUUAGAAGACUGAGGGAGGAAGCAGAGAAGAGGAAGAGGCCCUCGUGGAACGAGCUAAAGGGACGUAAGAGUGACGGGGAGUCUUCUGAUGAUGCUAAACAUUCAGCAACACAGUCCCGAAAUCCACCAGAGAUCACUGAGCCCGGGCUGAUUAAUCCUGCCUAUGAAGAAAGUGAGGAAGACAACACCCCCCUGCGGUCCAGUCUGGUGGCCGAGGCCAUUGUGGUGGAGCUGUUCAGAGAGGAGCCGGAGGAGGAGCUGGGCCUUCGCAUCGUGGGGGGGAAAGACACACCGCUGGGGAACAUAGUCAUCCAGGAGAUUAUCCGGGACUCGCUAGCAGCUCGUGAUGGCAGACUGGCCCCAGGGGACCACAUCUUAGAGGUGAACGAUGUCAGCCUGGCUUCAGUCCCCCACGCCCGAGCCAUCUCAGUGCUUCGCCAGCCUUCCCUCCUGCGGCUCACGGUUAUGCAGGAGAAAGGUUUUAAGUCAAGGGAUCCACGGUCUGAUCAUCACACUUCCCCUUGCACCACUUCCACUGCCUCCCAGCCCUCUCCCAGUCCCCAUGGCAACGCUACCUCCAAUCACAACCCCGGCACGGUCCUGCAGGUGACGCUAAUGAAGAAUCAGCGCACCGAACCGCUCGGCAUCAAACUCAUACGCAAAUCGGAUGAGAGCGGGGUUUUCAUCCUGGACCUGCUGUCAGGUGGUUUAGCAGCCAAAGAUGGAAAACUGAAGAACAAUGACAAGGUGUUGGCCAUCAAUGGACAUGACCUGAGGCACGGUACACCUGAGAGCGCUGCCCAGAUCAUACAGGCGAGUGAGGUGCGCGUGAACUUUGUGGUGAUGAGACCUGCAGACACUCAGGAAGAAGGAGGCAGCGGCAGAGAGCACAGCAGAGCAACCAGGAGGGCGCCUGAGCCGCAGUACUUCAAGCGCCGGUCCACCUACAUGAAGGAUCCUCCAGGUGGGUUUUCCAGCCAGGAGAAGACUGUGAGUCUGAAGAAGGAGCCUCGGCUCUCCCUGGGCAUCACCAUCGCCGGGGGGAGGGACUGUCGCAGCCGUCUGCCCGUUUACAUCACGAGUGUGCAGCCUGUCGGCUGUCUUCACCGAGAUGGCACCAUCAAAAGAGGCGACGUUCUGCUGAGCAUCAACGGUGUCGAUCUGACCCAGUUGACCUACAACGAGGCAGUUUCUGUGCUGAAGACUCAGACAGCUCAGUCCCAGGUGGCGCUCCGUGUCAUCCAAACCCUCUCAGAGGACUCAGAGGAGGACGUUGAGGCUGCCAACAAGGAAGAACUGGACACUGUGGACGACCCACGAGACGACGCCUUCAACUGGACACCCCUGUGGACUCGCUGGCUGGGAUUACCAAGUCCCAUGCACUGGUGUCGGGACAUCGUCCUGCAGAAGACCAACAACGAGAGCUGGGGCUUCAGUAUCGUCGGCGGCUACGAGGAGAGCCACGGCCAGCAGCCUUUCUUCAUCAAAACCAUUGUGCCUGGUACACCUGCUCACUUUGACGGACGCCUCAAAUGCGGUGAUGAAAUUGUGGCAGUGAAUGGAGCCACAACAGUGGGAAUGAACAACUCCUCUCUCAUCCCCAUGCUGAAGCUGCAGAAGAAUAAAGUCACACUGACUGUGGUGUCCUGGCCCGGAAGUCUUGUGUAGAAAAACACACCUGCACAGUCACUCUCUAUUCUUUCUGUCACCCUCGUUAAUUGUUCACAGUACACACAGAUUCUUGGCUGGGCCGCUCACUGUCACUUUCAUAUGUGACUCAUUGUUAGGUUACAUUGAUGUUCAAUCUGUGUAAUGCUGAACAUAUUGCUUGAGAACCAUCCUGUGUACAAUAGAAAUUACUUUCCCAAUCUCAGCAGGCUGUUGGUUUCAGUGUCCUCUCACACUCAAAGGACAGAUGUUUGCACAGAAUGGGAUUUAUCAGGGUGCAAAAAUUAUGACAAUCAGUGAAUAAUAUUGUGUGGACAAACUGGAAGGAUGGUUGUUGUUAUUUUUAAACAACUUUUUCUGAAUACAUCAUUUUGCUUUCCUGUUAAAUAAUGGCAUCAUUGGAGUGAUUCACAUAAACAACAUCCGAAGAUGAAAUGUAGUGCUCACGAUAUAUAUUUAGACAGUUGAGAUGAAGAAUUAUGUAUUUAAUCUACCACAUAUGACAAAAAUGGUUGCUGAUAUAUAGACUCAUGCCAAAGACAGAAAAAUCAUCCUGUCCUGUAGCUUUUGUACCACGUGAUUUUAUCAACUUAAUUCACACUUUCAAAAUGUGCAUCAGAAUGAUGAAGCAAUGACGUAGAUUCACUUCAAUUGAGUCAAAGUGACAUUAAAGGUCAAAUCAACAGCUGCAGCUACAAAAAGAGACUUUGGUUUUAACAGGGAGGAUUCCUGCAUAGAGCUUUUAAUCAGAAUUAUAUUGGUAGGAAACAGCUUUGGCCCCGGUUUCUUUUCUGUUCGUCGUUGAUGUUGGUGAAUUACGCAACAGGAAAUAAACUUGUAUAUUGUUGUUUAAACUGUGAGCUGGUCUAUAGAAGCAUUAUGUAAUACCGAAUGACUUUGAUGAGCGUGUGCCUUGUAGACAUUGAAGGACAAACCAGAAUGUAUACUUGCCUUAAAUUUCCACUGUACCAAAAUGUGUUUCCCAUUAUUAUUUCCUCACAUUAUUUACUGAAUUUCAAAGGAGAACCGCUUUGUAUAGAUAAAUGUGUGUUACCUUGUUCUUUUGUGUCAACACGUUCCCAGUGGCCUUUCUUGUGCUUCAAUUGAGACAAGACUUAUUGAAUGAUUCAGAAUUAGUUUUCGAGAUUGGCAGUGGAAUAGUGUAUACAGUUGAUGUGUGUAUUAGCCCGUCCACUGUUGUAUCAUGUUCAAUAAAAUCAUAACAA